GUGACAGCAGCCCAAGCCCAAGUUAGAACACAGUGGCUGCAGCCCAUUCAACACCAAAUAAAAAUUCAUGUUUGUCCAAAUGUAUCCUCUCCUAGGGUUUUCGAUUACCGUUUUGGUACCAAAAGCAAAACCAGCUACAGGCAGCAAUGGCGAAGAAUAGAAACAAGAAGAAAAAUGGUUCGAUUGCAAUGGCCGUCGAUUCGUCCACCGCCAACAAUUCGCUAACGGACGAACCUCAAGCCAUGGACGUAUCUGAGACCAUAAAUAAAAGAGAUUCCGUUGGCGGAGUCCUCAGGAAAGUGAAGAACGGGAGACCCAUGAAGAGAUCAAAGAAUGUUAGGAAGAUGAAGGCUGUAGCUAAAGCUCUAUCGAAAAGUGAGAAGUCAGUGGAGAAAAUCUCAAAAAGUGAGAGCAAGAUAUUGAGGACUAAAUUUGCCAAAAAUCUUUACCAAUAGUUGGCUUUAUGCUGUUAAUAUAUAAUGCUUCGGUUGCUGGUUUCAAUUUUUUAUGUUUAGUUAGUGGUAUCUAAUUAAUUAGCAACUAUGUUUAAUUUACAAAGUUGGUAUUAAGGACGCGUUUACUUUCUCAAA